UUUAUCUUUUGGGUUGAUCAUGAAUAUCAUUAUCUCUGCUUGACUCGAAAAAAGUUCGAAACUUGUGUUUCUCUGAAACUCUUUGAUUCUCUGUUGUUUAUUGUUAAUCGAUGAUUAGGGUUUAUCGUCGUUGACUGCAAAUUGAAAGCUGUAAUUUCUUUCUGAUGGUUGCUUCUGAUAGAUUGGCUAUCUGAUAAUUUGGUUCUAUCUCUUAUCCUCUAUACCUUCUUCUCCGAGUAGACUUUUAAUCGAAUAUUGACUUCUGUACAAGAAUGUCAUAUCAAAUCAGUGAGAGAGAGUAAUGGAAUUUUUUUCCUUAUUGGGAGGUGUUUAAGAUGGUCCACCAUUAGUGGCUAAAAGAAGAAGAUACAGUAGGAUCCAAUAACUCUGACAAUGACAUUUGAAUUUGGUCUGUUUUAGGAAAUGCAAUUAGAGGUUUUGAGAACAUAUUUCAAUGAUCUUUAUCUAAUUGACAACCUUUCAAUAAACACUAGUAAGCACAGGGCUUUUCUGGUGUAUAUGAGACCGAUGUUUCGCCUUAUCAAUGGAGCUUAUAGAAGUAGGGAAGUUGAAGAAACAUGAAUACAACAUCGACACAUUUUGUUCCACCGAGAAGGUUUGAAGUUUACGAGCCUCUCAACCAAAUCGGUAUGUGGGAAGAAAGCUUCAAGAACAAUGGAGGCAUGUAUACGCCUGGCUCUAUCAUAAUCCCGACAAACGAAAAACCAGACAGCUUGUCGGAGGAUACUUCUCAUGGGACAGAAGGAACUCCUCACAAGUUUGACCAAGAGGCUUCCACAUCUAGACAUCCUGAUAAGAUACAGAGAAGGCUUGCACAGAAUCGGGAGGCAGCUAGGAAAAGUCGUUUGCGCAAGAAAGCUUAUGUUCAGCAGCUAGAGACAAGCCGGUUGAAACUGAUUCAUUUAGAGCAAGAACUCGAUCAUGCUAGACAACAGGGUUUCUAUGUCGGAAAUGGAGUAGAUUCAAAUGCUCUUUGUUUCUCAGAUAACAUGAGCUCAGGGAUUGUUGCAUUUGAGAUGGAAUAUGGACAUUGGGUGGAAGAGCAGAACAGGCAAAUAAGCGAACUAAGAACAGUUUUACAUGGACAAGUUAGUGAUAUAGAGCUUCGUUCGCUAGUCGAGAAUGCCAUGAAACAUUACUUUCAACUCUUCCGAAUGAAGUCAGCCGCUGCAAAAAUCGAUGUCUUCUACGUCAUGUCAGGAAUGUGGAAAACUUCAGCAGAGCGGUUUUUCUUGUGGAUAGGCGGAUUUAGACCCUCAGAGCUUCUCAAGGUUCUGUUACCGCAUUUUGAUCCCUUGACGGAUCAACAACUUUUGGAUGUAUGUAAUUUGAGGCAAUCAUGUCAACAAGCGGAAGAUGCGUUAUCUCAAGGUAUGGAGAAACUGCAACACACAUUAGCAGAGAGUGUAGCAGCCGGGAAACUAUGCGAAGGAAGUUAUAUUCCUCAAAUGACUUGUGCUAUGGAGAGAUUGGAGGCUUUGGUCAGCUUUGUUAAUCAAGCUGAUCAUCUGAGACAUGAGACAUUGCAACAGAUGCAUCGGAUCUUAACCACGCGACAAGCGGCUAGAGGUUUGUUAGCAUUAGGGGAGUAUUUCCAGCGGCUUCGAGCUUUGAGUUCGAGUUGGGCGGCUAGGCAACGUGAACCAACGUAAUCAAGGUGCUUAGAUUUCAACAAAGGUUUGAUUGAGUCCUUAGGAAUCAAGAAUGGAGUUUGCUGGUGACUGGAUUUUGGACAAGAACAAGAGUAAUAACAUAAGCUGCUGCUUGAUGGUGAUUCUUGUCUUGCGGCUAAACGAAAUGUUGAAGUUAAGUUGUAAAUAUGAUCAGCAACGUAAAGUUUGUAGCUUUUUAGAAACCAAUUUUCGAUUUUUGUUCUUUUUUCUGUAUGUAAUGUAAUAUUAUAGAAUUACAUAUGAUUUGCUUGUUGUAUAUUUGAUUCCAAUGUGACAUUAAGAAUUUGAUUUAUAA